UUUUAAUGUCUGCAUCAACCAGCCAAAGCCAAGAGGACAUGCUCCCUUGUGGACUUGUCCCUCUCCAGAACUUAGAUAUGCCCGAGCUUGAAGUGGGAGAAGAGCAAAAGCAGGAGGAAUACCAGGAAGCUCAACCUCAAAUGGACCACGAGGAGCAGAAAGACCAAGUUUAUGGCGAACAAGAUAUCCAGGACCAAUAUUUUAUUGUUUGUAAGGAUAACGAUAGAGAUGUUCGUGCCCAACAAAUUGAAGAAGAGCAGAAGAUAUUGCAACAAAGAAAAACAAGAGUUGAAGAUAAGCUUAUCGAGAUUCAAGACAAAGUUGAACAAAAGAAGACACAGUUGAAAGGUCAGCCUCAGAACAUUGGACAAGAAGAACAAGAAAAGGAAGAGUUUGAGGAACUGCAAACAAAGUAUAAGGAAAUCCAGAAAGCUAUUAAAGAGUUCAAAUUGGAAAAAAAACCUCAAAAUAACUCAGACCUCAUGCAAACAAAUCAGAAGAUGAAGGAUUGCUUGACAGAUAUGGAGAAUGAAGUCAAUGGAUUUAUUAACAAAUUUAAUGAAAAUAUAAAAAUAGAAGACAAUGAAGAAGACCAACAACUCAAGCUAGAUCAUAUAUUAAACCCUCCAGCUUCCUUUGACCUCAAACAGACUCUUAAGAAGUUGACAGAAGAUAACGAGGAGGAUUAUGAAGAAUUAGAAGCUUAUCUGAAAUCCCUGGAUAGCACUCCUGAAAAAACAUCGAAGUCGACUCAAGGAGUAAACCAAGAAAACUUAAGUGUUAAAGAAUCUAUCAUACAAAACUAUAUUCCAAGACCAGAAACUGAUUCAGAUGAAGGAAAACUUUGCAGAAGUUCUGAAGAUCACGGAGAAGGCAAAUCUGUAGAUCAAGAAGAAAAGAAAAGUGCAGCUGAUGGCUUUGUUGUGUUAAAUAAAGGUGAUUUAUCAAGUAAAUGUUCACAAGAGAGCAAUAAAGGAUCAGCUAAGAAAGAAGAGCCAUGGAUUAACGAAACUGUGUUGGAAGAACUCAGAAUAACUGAUUUGAACUCUCUAAACUUUUUGUUUGACCAGUACCUCGAACAACAAGAUGCUGUUUCAAAGCAGGAGAGCGAAACUGAGAAUAAAAAUUCAGGAAUUUUAUAUUGGCUCGGUUUAUCGAAGGGGGAAUCUAACCAAAGCAAAGAUGAAACUUCAAAAGAGCCUGAUAUUACGCCAGAAAUAAAUGAAAAGCAAAUUAAAGAUCACGCUAAAGAUCUUAUGCAAGUUAUCCUAAAACAUAAGAUGUCAGACUGUGCCUUAUGGAACAUUCUUUGAGACCUGUCAAAACAUAACAUUAAAAUUGAUAAAUAUUUUAAGGAUAAACUACAAGAAUGCAAAGAAGAUCUAGACAAGGUCAGAAAUAAGAUCGUUGAUUUAGCAAUGCCUGAGAAAAUAAAGAAAGAAAAGGAACAGGAGAUGCUCAAGAAAGUCUUGAAAGUCUUUCAUGGAGACCUGAAUGAUUAUAAUACCAAAUUAAAAGAGAAUUUUAAGAAAGAAAAAGAAGAAAUGAUUAAGGAUAUCAAUGAUAAAUGGAAUAAACAUCAAUUAAAACUAAAGGAAAAAUAUCAAAAUAAUAUUGAGACUAUUGCUAGAAUAGCCACAGAGUUUGAAAGAAACUUUAAAACAAUAAAUUCACAAUUAAGUUCAGAAAUUGAGGAGAAUAAAAAGAACAUAGAAUCAAUUACAUCUCUCAUUGAGCUCAACGAGAAAAGAGAAAAACUUAAUCAAGAAAUAAUGGAGAUUAAUCAACAAAUAGAAAAAUUGCAUUCCAAAGUCAAAGAGAAAGCUUGAUUUGAAUUUAAUGAGAAAAUUCAUCAAUGUGUUUAUACAUAUAAGAAGAAAGAAGCUCUUCUUGAAACAGAUCAAACUCACAUACAAAGGAAAAUUGAUAUUCUUGAUGCAGAAACUCAAGAAAGAUCACAAAAUCUAGUAGAUAACCAGAUAGAGAAGACAGAAAAUUAUGAGAACUGUACCAUCGAAUUUUUUCAUACUCCCAAACUUGAGGAAGCACAGACAAGUGCUUUAGUCAUUCCAUUUGAUGAACAACUCAGAACUAGCAAUCUCCUUGAAAGAUAUAAGCAAUUAGCCAAAGAUGCUGGUGAAAAGCUCAAAAAUGCGUGUCAGCAAUACAAGAACCAGCACUUUAGAUUAAGAACUGGGCUUGCUACAGUGUUUCCAUCUGGCAACUUGAAGUUCAACAGCAUUAUUGCAGCUGUUGGGCCAAUAACAUCUAGUGAAGUCUUUGAGGAGCUGAUGAAGAAGACCAUUUAUUCAGUUCUAGAUUUGAUGAUAGACUAUAACCUCAAGUCCAUCUUCAUCCCAUCCUUUGUGAGUCAAAACUCAAAAAUAAAAGAAGGCGAAUAUAUUCCCAUAGUUACAAGUGCAAUAAAGCAGUUUAUUAAAGAUAACUCACAAGUUAUGACAGACAGAAGAAUAGUAAUAGAAUCCCCUAAACUAGCUCCAGUCCCAUCUCCAGCACCAGCCUUCCCUCAUUCCCUUUCAGACUUGUCAUCUCCAGCUUUCAAACCCACUUCCACUUCCUCCCCAGCAAAUGUUCCAGCUUCUAAUCCUCAUGAAGAAUCCAAGUCCUCUACUGCUGACGAAUCUCAAGAAGCUCAAGUGGACCUUUCCAGCAAGGAAGUCCAUGAUCAGUCUGAAGAAGAAGAAUCAGCUGAAGCGAAGGAGUUGAGAGAAAUGAGGGAAAUGACAGAAAACAAUAAUGGCUAAUUGAUAAUUGAUGUUCAAUGUUGACCACA